AUAGUCAAAGAAAUACAUCCAAUCAGUGAUAGACAAGUCUUGACAAUCAUUUGGUUUUUUUUUAUUAUUAAUAUCAGCAAUCUAUACAAUUACAACAGACUAUCGAUCGGGUGAUUACCGUUUCAAUGAUGACCACCAAGAAGUUAAUUUCGCCAACAAUUUAUUGGUCACCAAUGUUUUUAUCGGCGACGACGACGAUGAUAAUCAUCAUCGCUUUCAUCGGCGGUUUGGGUGUCGACUGUCGCAAGGAUAAGAUCAAAUUGAAAGAUGUCCAGGUAUUGACACUGCGCCCGAACGAGUGGACAACUGGCCGCCGCUCGAGUUCUGUGCCGCAACUCAAAUGUAUUGGCGGCCAUUGCGACGCCAUUCGGGGCCAAAAUGUUCAGUGCUAUAAUCGCGGAUCAGACGGAAGAGAUGUUCAGUGGGAAUGUAAGGCACAGAUCAACAGUAACUAUAAGUUUGGAACCGUUGACGUAAUCUGCGAGGGUUACGACUAUCCCGACGACGACUAUGUGUUGGUCGGCUCGUGCGGACUCGAGUACUCCAUAGAGUCGAGUGGCGGCGGCGGAGGAUUUGCUAGUGAUUACGUCUACAGUAAUCUGAAAAGCAAACCGACAAAAGGCUUUUCAUUCGGGUUUAUCCUAACAGCCGUUGCCCUCAUAUUUAUCAUAUACUAUGUAUGUCUUCGGCGACCAAAUCGCGAUCCACCCACUGGUCAGCCGCCACGCAGCUCAACGCGAGCUCCACCGCCGCCCGGAUUCCGAUCGGACUACUACGACAACAACAGUCCCGGUAGUGGUAGUGGUUGUGGUUCCAGUUUUUCAUCUUCGGGUCCCAGCUAUGGGUUCAACACCGAAGGUCCGCAAACUAGAGCGGCUAACAAUGGUAACGGAUUUUUCUCGGGAAUAUUGGCCGGCGGAGCUCUCGGCUAUUUGUUUGGUUCGCGAACUAAUACCAACUACAAUGACCAGAGUUCGUACUUCGAUCGACGACACACUAGAAGUUCGCCGUUUUCAUCGCCUUCGGGUGGUUAUAGUUCAUCGUCAUCGACGACAACUACGACAUCGGGUUUUGGCGGAACUAAAAGACGAUAAGUUAUAUUAUAUGUAUUGUUAUAUUGUAUUCAAUUGUUUUUAUGGUUGUUUGGGGUUUGAAUUGAUUUUUUUAGGGGUGAAGUUGUUGUGUAUAUAAUUAAUUUUUGUACAAAAAAAACUGAUAACUUAUUUGUGUAUAAGUAAAUCAACAUUUUGUUUAUUAUUUAUAAUUAAAUUACUGGAAAUUUAUUAUUUAAAUACAUUUACUGUUCAAUAUUAUACGAUAAUAUUAUUUUAGAUUAUAUAUGUAUACAAAAAU